AUGCGCACAGCGCUGGAGUCGACCACCGCGGCGCCGCACGAUCCGGCCGCUGGUCACCGCCACCCCCGCCUGCAGCUCUGCGCGGUGCUGCUCUCCCUCGUCGCGCUGCUGUCAGCUAGUCGAGGGGGUGCAGCUGAUGGGACUACGAGAACAGUAAAUAUUCUCUAUAUUGGAACGUCGGAUUCUUGGUCGGACACUCGUAUGGGCAAAGCUGCUGGUAUGGGCUUUGUGGCUUCGUUGCGGUCGCGUAACUUUAUUGUGGCUGACGGUGCUACUGUCAAUGUAACAAAAGUGGUGGUGGAGUCUAGCGCUAUAAAUGCAACUAUUUUUCAUGUUCUUUCGGAGAUUCCGGACAUUCUUUUUGUUCUUGGUCCUACAGAUGAUGAGCCGUUGAUGAAGGCGUUGCCUGCAUUAAAAAAGCAUAAGCUGGUAUCAUUUGCCCCCAUAACGGGCUCCAGUCAAGUGCGUGGGUGGAACUCCAGCCUAUACUUUCUUCGGCCGGAGCCCGCCGCUGAGCUGCUUGCUCUUAUCCGUUUUGCUGUAACUCAUUUGCGUGUUCACCGACUGGGCUUUAUGUACUUACAAGGUAUAUUCUUUGGUGACACUGAGUUUAAUGAAGCUAAACGUGUGCUGCUUCAGAUUGGCUACAAGCUCUGUGGCGUGUUCACUCUGAAUGGAUCCUACACCGGGUCCGCUGAUGAUGCUGUGUUCAACGCCGAGUGGGAGAAGUUUGCCGACACCCGCCCGCAGGCUGUGAUUGUGUUUGGUGCACGUGUGAACGACACCAUCAAGUUUAUUAAAAAAAUGUUGACGGACCCCCGCACCGCUGACGCCUUCCUGCUUGGGCCGUUUGCACUACAGGACAUUCUAUUGAGUACGUGGCGUGAGGCGGUGAGUGCUGGUGGUGUUCCGUUUGUGAGUGGCCAAGUGAUCACAACGGGUGUAAGUCCGCUUGCGAGCGACACGCAGUACGAGGCGAUUAAGCGCUUU